AAGAAGGACAUGAAGAAAGAAAAUACUGCCAACAAACCACCAGAGAAGCCUAUAAAUGAAGUUUCCAAUGGAAGCCCUUUACUGUUGUCUGAGACAAUUAUUAGAACCAACAAAAAAGGAGAGAGAAACAGAAGAAGAAGAUGUCAGGUGGCUUUCAGUUAUAUGCCUCAAAAUGAAGAUGAACUGGAAUUAAAAGUUGGUGACAUCAUUGAAGUCGUGGGAGAGGUAGAAGAGGGCUGGUGGGAAGGUAUACUCAAUGGAAAGACUGGCAUGUUUCCUUCCAACUUCAUAAAGGAAUUGUCUGAUUCUGAUGAUGUUGGAAUAGCACAGGAAGAGCAAGUAAAGCCAAGCCUAAAAGAUGCUACAGGCUCUGAGAGUGAUGGUGGUGACUCUUGCAGCACAAAAUCAGAAGGAGCCAACGGAGGCACGACAAUCCAACCCAAAAAGGUCAAGGGUGUUGGCUUUGGAGAUAUCUUCAAAGACAAACCUAUAAAGCUACGACCAAGGUCAAUAGAAGUUGAAAAUGACUUUCUCCCAGUAGAUAAGAGUGUUGGGAAGAAAUUACCUCCAGCCACAGCAACUCAGGAGCCAACAAAAAUAGAAGUGGACAGCAGAACAAAAACCAAGGAGUAUUGCAAAGUUAUAUUUCCAUAUGAAGCACAGAAUGAUGAUGAACUCACAAUCCGAGAAGGUGAUGUCGUCACACUUAUCAGUAAG